AUGAUUAACGUUUCCAUCAAUAGGACUUCCAAGGCCAGCGCAUUGCAGAGCUUCUUAGCACAGUGCUUCUUGUUCUGUCGGGCCGUUGCUUUCAUUGUUGGAUACAUCUUCCAGGAUAUUCAUCUCACACUUUGGGUCGGAUUGGCCGGCACGUUAAUAACUGGGUUGGCCGUCAUUCCGCCUUGGCCUAUGUACAAUAAGAAUCCCGAGAAAUGGCUUGUUCCCUUGACGGCGGGCGUGGGAGGUGGUGCAGGCAUCAUGGUAGAUGGAGUUAAGGUUGCGUGA